AUGGCCUACAUGUGGAUUGAAGCUUUGUAUCAUGUGCCGAUUAGCUUGUGGAUGGUUUGGGGGAUUUUCAAGGAUCAUCCGCUCGUCCCGCUUCAUCUCCUGAUCUUCGCCCUCGAGGUCGCCGUCACAACGCUAACGUGCGUCGUGGAUAUUUCCGACUGGGAAGGUUACACCUCGGCACAGAAAUCAGACCUGUAUGGCCUCUACGUCCCAUACUUGGUAUUAGCGUGUUUGAUGGGCGUCGACGCGUUUGUCAGAGUGAAAAGGCAGAUUCUGCACAACAUCGGUCCGGAGAAAGGGAAGACUGCGUAA